UUUUAUAUAUGUUGUGGAACUGUUAACAAUAUAUAUUGUUCGCCCUACAUUUGGACACUUCGGGAUAACCGUAAGGAUUUGGACUACGUCUACCGUCAUUCGGUGAGUGAAGUGAUUUAAUAACUUUGAUUACGUAUAUAAUAGUAUAUAUGUACAAAUACAACCAUGAGUAAAAUACCCGUUUUGAUAUUUGGACACUCAUUAAUACACUGGUUGAACAUUUAUCAAAUGAAAUGUAAAAACAAUCUGGGACUAUCUUUAACCCAAUUUGACUUGAUUUUUCGUGGUAUUAGAGGUGGAACAUUUGAGUGGUCUCCUAAAUCACGAUCCAGAUUUCAGAGGAAAAGUUUAGUCGCCUAUUUAACAGAUAUGAUGGUAAAAUCGGACCCUCGUAUAGUUUACUUGCAAUUAGGUGGAAAUGACUUGGAUAAUCCCAACUUUAACAUUGAAAAAAUAUUCACGGCAAUCAAAAGUUUCGCCGAAUUUAUUGCAGAAGGAUAUGACAAUGUAAAGGUCGUUUGCGUUGGUCACGUAUUUAAGAGAUUAAAACCACGCAUUGGUUUCGACGAUUAUGAAAGAGCACGCUUGGCCCUUAAUUCAAGAAUUUCCGACUUACAAGGAUCUCAUAAGAAGAUAUUGAUAUGCCGUAAUUUUGGCUUCAUGAACAAUGUAUCGUUGAAGUUUGAUAACAAGGGCAUUCACUUAACAGACGAGGGCAAUAGAUGUUUUGCCAACAAUAUCAAAAGGGAACUCAUCGCAAUUAGAAACAGUGAGUACCUCAGGGUGUUUUGCUUAUGGUUGAAGCUUUAUGAUGGUAACAACAUGCCACAUAUGCUGGCCUUUUCUUAUGAUAUAUCUGCUUAUGGCAGCAUUAAUUGUGAUGUGUGCUGCUUAUGGCGGCAAAAUUACAACAUGUGCUGCUUAUGGCAGCAGUAAUUGUGAUAUAUGCUGCUUAUGGCGGCAAAUUUAAAAUAUGUGCUGCUUAUAGCAGCAGUAAUUGUGAUAUGUGCUGCUUAUGGCGGCAAUCUUAAAAUAUGUGCUGCUUAUGGCGGCUUGUAAAAUAGGUGCGCUGCUUAUGGUAGCAACUUUCCUAAGGUGCUGCUUAUGGCGGCUUAUACAUUAUGUGCCACUUUUGGUAGCAAUGUUUUUUAAUAUAUGUUUUGGAUACAGGGUUUAUCCCAAGGGAAAUAUGUGUAUCUCAUGAGGGACCGCAGGGACCGAGGGAGAUACACAUAUUUCCCGCGGGAUAAACACUGUAUCCAAAAUCGACCGUACAUAACUGGUGUAUCUCAUACUUGAGUGGGCUUGGGGUAGAUAUAACCUUUACCACCUUUUUCAAAUGACAAGAUAGGCCUAUACUGUAAAAGCACAAUUCAUAUUUAACAUUUUCAUAAUAUUCCUUCAGUUCAAUAAAAUAGAAUUGUAACAUUUAAAC